AUGUAUAUAUGCAAUCCUUUUACAAGGGAAUUCAAAGAGCUGCCAAGAACAAUACAGUUUGGGGAGCAAAAGGUCGUGUUUGGAUUUGGGUUCGAUCAUGUGAGUCAUGUGUACAAGGUCGUUAAAGUGAUUUACAAUUGGAAAAGACAUAACAAAAACCCGCCUUCCCCCUAUUUUAGAAUCCAUAAUUACCGUGCACGAUCAGAGGUCUUCGUAUACAGUAGUUGGAGUCCUGGUUGGAGAAGUCUCGGACGGGUACAUUUACCUCACAAGCUCGAGCAACGAUCAUCAGAAGCACUGGUGAAUGGAAGACUUCAUUGGUUGACUUUGCGGCAUAAAUGUGAAAGUCGUUAUGCACGGAGCAUAGUAUCUUUCGAUUUAGGUGAUGAAAAGUUUAGAGAGGUCCCGAGACCAGGUGGGCAAGAACGGUGUGACUAUCAUUUGACAGUGUUAAGAAAAUGUCUUUCCGUGGCAUUUUGUAAUUACGAGGAUUUGGAGAUUUGGGUUAUGAGAGUGUACGAUGUGAAAGAGUCUUGGAUCAAGGAGUUCAACAUUGGAACUAGUUCUGUGCCUCGGGUGGUGUUGAAACCAGAAUUGAAGCAAUCGUAUGCGAUUUGGAGGAAGAUUUCGCAGGUGAGACCUGCUCAAGUUCUCUGUCUUUUAAAGAAUGGCAAUGUUUUGGUACAGCAUAGAGGUAGAGUUUUGAUGUCUUAUGAUCCAGAGAGUGGAAAAUUUGAGAAGCUAAUGUUUCAGGGGAUGCCAGAACUGUUUCAAACAAUUGUUCAUUUUGGCAGCCUAGCUUAA